AUGGUUAUUGAAAUGGAAAAGAAGUAUGUGUUCCUAGCAAUUACUGUGAUUAUUGCAGCGCAUUAUUGCAGCUCACUAGCAGUGGAUGGUGGAGAUACUCUUCUCUUGGAGGCUUCGCUCACUGUAAAUCAGACCCUAAUUUCGAAAAAAGGCACUUUUGCAUUCGGUUUUUUCUGUCCGAGAGGAACUAAUAAUUGGUAUAUUGGCGUCUGGUAUGCAUCAAUCUCUCAGAAGACCACUGUUUGGGUGGCUAACAGAGAAAAUCCUGUCAGAAACAUGCCUGGCGUGCUGAAAUUUUCGAGAGAUGGUCACCUCAGAUUGUUUGAUAGAAAGGGCCGGUCCGUUUGGUCGACUGAUAUUGGCCAGAAAGGAUCACUAGCAGUGAUAAUGGACUCUGGUAAUUUCAUUAUGUUGGGUCACGGCCACAACAAGUCUGCGAUUGUUUGGGAGAGUUUCGCGCAUCCAACUGAUACAUGGUUGCCUGGCAUGAAGAUGUGGAAAAGCAUGAAGCUUACUUCCUGGAAGAGUUCUUCAGAUCCUGCAACUGGGCUCUUCUCUUACGGAAUGGACAUGUCUCCAGGAAAGACACAGAUGAUGAUGUUCUAUAACAACACGAUUCCAUACCUGUCCAGUGGAGAAUGGACUAGGGGUUAUUUUGCCAAGAUCCCCGAGUCGGAGGGUCAGAAGACAAUCGAAAUGUCCUGUGUGAGGGUUUCUCCUUCAAGCAUAUACUAUAAUUUUACCAUAAGCCCGUUAGAUCAAACCCUACAUACCCUCGGGCGGCUCCUGUUUUCUGAGAACGGCGAACUACAACUCUACUACUGGAUGGAUAAUAAUCGAUGGAGUCUGCGGUGGUCGACAUACCGAGGUCAAUGCAGUGACUAUGAAAUUUGCGGGGCGUAUGGACUGUGCAAUACCAAUGAUCUGUGUACUUGUGUUCAGGGCUUCACGCCCAAGAAUAAAUCGCAAGGUUGGUGGUCAAGCGGAUGUGUUCGGCGAAGGCCGCUACAGUGCUCUGCCACAGAGGGCACAACCGACGGCUGA